AAUGGUAAUUCAGCCCCAAAACUAAAGAGAGUCGCACUGUCGAAAAUAAACCUAAAUCAAUGAUCGAUUCUCCUAUACUUCUAUGAAAGCUUGAUUUUGUUCCUCAUUUAAUUCAGAUCUGUUCAAACCCUGCAGCAAAUCUGAUCCUAAUUACUGUAGUAAAAUAGGUUUAAGGUGUGUCCUGUGUGAUAAGCGAAAUGUGUGAUAAGACCCAAACGACUCACGUAUUUAAAGCGACCCAUCCGCUGUGGUCGGCUCUCACAGUGUUUGGAAACGUAGAACGAAAUACAGCUGUAGAAUGAGAGGUUUGAUGUACAGUGUGGCGGCAGUAGUACUGUUGCUGGUUGUGACCCUGGCAGCAGGACAAAUUCAUCCCGACAUCAUUGAAGAUGCUCAUCUAGAUUCGAUUGGUCUGUUGCGUAAAUAUGGAUACCCGGCAGAGGAACAUAUCAUCGAAACGGACGAUGGCUAUCUGCUGGGUGUGCAUCGAUGCCCGGGCAGUCCGCUGUCACCGCCAGCACCCGGAAAACCGGUCGUACUGCUGCAGCACGGUAUGCUGAGCUCGUCGGCCGACUAUAUCCUGAUGGGGCCGGAUACUAGUCUGGCGUACAUGUUGGCCGAUGCCGGGUACGACGUGUGGAUGGGUAACGCCCGCGGCAAUCGGUACUCCCGCCGUCAUCGUUUCCGCAGCAAUGAAACGCAAACGUUCUGGGACUUUUCCUGGCACGAGGUCGGCAGUAUCGAUAUCCCGAACAUGAUCGACUACAUCAUGGUAAGGACGGGUCAGCAAUCGCUGCAGUACGUUGGCCACUCGCAGGGAACGACCGCCUACUGGGUGAUGAUGUCGCAGCAUCCGUACUACAAUCGGCGUAUCAAGAGCAUGCACGCUCUGGCCCCGGCCGCUUACAUGCAUAACACGCGUAGCCCUUACGUGAUCUUCCUGGCCACGUUCGUGUACACGACGGAGCUGAUGCUGCAGAUGAUGGGUACCUGGUGGUUUGAACCAACGAACGAGAUGAACAUUCAGGGUGGACUGCAGAACUGUCACGAUGGUGCACCGUUCCAGGCGAUGUGUUCGAUCAACACCUUCCUGAUUGCUGGCUUCAACACGCAAGAGGUUAACUCGACGAUGCUGCCCGUCAUCCAUGCACAUUCGCCGGCCGGUGCUUCGACGAUGCAGAUGAUUCACCACGCACAAACGAUCCGAUCGCGCAUCUUCCGCCAGUACGAUCACGGAGCGAUGAAUAUGAUUCGUUACGGACAGCUUACGCCUCCAGUGUACAAUCUGGCCAAUGUGCAGGCUCCCACACUGUUUUACCACAGCACAAACGAUUGGAUGGCUGCACCGGGCGACGUGGAGUUGCUGUACCGCGAGCUACCGAAUGUGGUGAAACGAUAUCUUGUCCCGUUACCGGCCUUCAAUCAUCUUGAUUUUGUGUGGGCCAUCAACGUCCGCUCGCUGCUGUACGAUGAGCUGCUGGCCGAUCUGAAGGCGUACGUGUGAGGGUUGAAACACCACACCACUCUGACCGAUUGCGACGAAACCACAAGAGACUGUUUAUCGUUAUAAAAUCGAAUACAAUAAGUUAGACUAGUGAAAGCACAUCUGCAUCCGUGAGUUUUUUCUCUUUUCCGUAGAUCGCUUUUUGGUUGUUGUUGUGAUUUUAAUGAAACUGCGCCAUAUCAUCAUGAGCUAGACGGUGUAAUCGUACGCUGCGCAUCCAGAUAACAUUCCUUUUUGGCGUACAUUUGCUAUCGCUAUCGAUUAACGUAAAGUUGCACAGAUUUGUAGAUUUUUUGGUUUGGACCCCCCUCUUAGGAAAGACGUCAUCAUUGGUUAAUGCUUUAAGCUGAUCGAUUUACUAGUGUUACGAUAAGAUUAAGAAGCGCAAUGUACGAUGACAAUGAAUGAGUGUUGUGGGUUGGGAAAAAAGUUUGAGUCCCUUUUAAUCCUAGUCUAAUAUUUCAGUCUCAUUGGCAGCCGUUUCCCAGACGGGAAUACACUGUUGUCUGGCUAUGGAAGGGAGAAAAAGAUUAGGAAUGCUUUUGAAUAUGUAUUGAAGCAAAAUAACUCAUAAAGCUGCUCAAAUCUCUAAAGUUCAUUGCUAUUGUCAAGCAAAUCGGGGUUUGUUUUAAACUUGUGCUGGAGAGUGGCUUCCAAAAUUCCGUUACAGAUAUCAUUUGGUUAGGGCAACUUUUGUUGAGCAGAUGUCUAAGAUUGAGCA